CACUGGCUCUCCUGGCCCGGUGGCCCUUCAGCACCUUGCAGAGAAGCACCCUACGAGAGAGGACAGCCACCUCCGUGCCUUGUAAGACCUGGGAGAGGGUUCAGCGACCCCACGGACCGUCUCUGUUGCUGCCUCUUUCGGUCCAGCUCCGAGCAUGGACUUCAUUGUUGGUGCUAGUUCUAAAUGGACCUGGCGCAGGAGCCAGAGCCAAGUCAGAGACAACAGAACCGACAUUUUCUCAGCUGCUCUCGUCUGAGGGACACUCACUUCGGGUCUGGCUGAGGCAGGGAUCUUCGAGGGACUCCAGGACUGCAAAACUGAGUGCUCAGGAAGGGCUAUCAGAAAUGCAGGAAGGAAUCUUAAGGCCAGUGACAGAGACCAACAAGGAGACAGGCCCUGGGAAGAUGAACCCUAAAUGCGAUGAGUUGCGGACAGGUAACAGUCCACACUCAAGAGUUUUACAGGAGUGAGUCUCUCCAGUAGGUGUUCUCCAUGAAAGUGACACACACAGACUAGUUAAAGACCCCAGUAAUCAAGUGGGGAAGAGCCAUGAUGCAUAUAGUGAAUGCAGGAAUAUCAGGAAUUGGGAUCUUGUACAUGACUGUGUUCAUGCUAAAGCAAAGCCCUAUGAGUGCAUAAAGUGUAGGAAGACCUUUAGCUUAACAUCAGACCUCAUGCAGCACCAGCAGGUCCACACUGGAGUACAACCUUUUGAAUGCAAAGAAUGUGGGACAACCUUUUGCAACAGUUCUGCUCUCAGGCGACACGUGAAGAAUCACACUGAAGAGAAACCUUAUGAGUGCAAUAAAUGUGGAAAGGCCUUCACCACACAGUCGAACUUAAUUAAGCAUCGGAAGACCCACACUGGAGAAAAGCCCUUUGUGUGCAAAGACUGUGGGAAAGCCUUUUGCUACAGGUUUAAUUUGAGUCAACACAUGCAGAUUCACACUGGAGUGAGGCCCUAUGAGUACAGUGAAUGUGGGAAAGCUUUUUGUCGCAAGUCACACCUCACAGAGCACCGGCGAAUUCACACAGGAGAGAAGCCCUAUGAAUGCAGUAAAUGUGGAAAGUCUUUCUCCUACCACUCUGGUUUUUUCCAACAUAGGUGGAUCCAUACUGGUGAGAAACCUUUUAAGUGCAAAGAAUGUGGGAAAACCUUUUGCUCCAAGUUUAAUUUGCAUCAACACAUGAAGGUUCACCUUGGAGGGAAGCCCCAUUCAUGAAACAAAUGUGGAAGGGCCUUCAAUCAGCACUCAUUUUGUACGCAUCACUUGACCUGCACUGGAUUAAAACCCUUUAAAUGCAAAGCCUGUGGGAAAGCCUUUAGCUGCUACUCUAAUUUCAGUCGGCAUGUAAAGAUUCACUGGAGAGAAGACCUGUGAGUUCAUCAAAUGUGGGGAAACUUUCAGGCACAACUCAUACCUCCAACACCAGCAGAUUCACAAGAUAAGCCAGUAAAUGUGGACUUGUUUUCGCUUAAUACUUAUCUUUAUCCAUUAUAAUAGGAUCCUUACCUAUUGGAAACAAAUUUUUACUACUUCAUGAAACAAAUGAAAUGUUCCUCCUUUCUUCUCCUCAUGGUUAAAUCCUCUCAUUCACCUCUCCCCUGCACCCCCAAGGCCUAUUUUCUCCAAGGCUGCUGGCUCCUUACAGGGCUGAGAGGUGCCUCCUGCUUAGUGUGGAGCUCUGGCACCCAGUCUCUGGAAGUUUAACGCUUGGUGUCAAAUCCCAGCACUGGAGGCUAGGAGCUGUGUGGCCCUGUGCACGUUACUAAACCUUUCUCCACUUCAGUUUGCUCAUGGGUAAAAUGGAUGAUUUAGUAAUAUAUUACCACUUCACAGGCUGCUAUGAGAACAAACGGUUUUGUGUACUCCCUGAGUGUGUAUGGGUUGACAGUUAUCCCUGCUGAUGUUGCUAUUUAUUGGGACUGUUACUGUCAUCAUCACUGUCAUGCCUGGAUUCAAGACCCUUAGGAGCAAUUUUGUGAAGCUUUGUGGUUAAACAGCACAGAUACCAGAGGCAGUCACACCUGGAUCCCAGCUCAGAUUAGGUGUUACCAUUUUUGUCCAUUUCAGCAAAUUUGGUUAUUUCCUUGACCUUCUUUAUUGUCAUCUAUUAAUGAUGACAAUAGUCAUUAGGAUGCCAUUAGGAACACCUAGAAUGAGUUAUUUCCUUCCGUUUUACUUACAACAUAAAAAGACUGUGAGGCUUACACACAGUGACAUCAGGAAGGUGGUAGAAUAGGAGGUUCCAGCCAUUGUUCUCACAGAAGCUUCAGUUUUACAGUGAUCCACACUCAGUAAAUGCCUUCUUGCAAAGUUCUGGUGUCUGGCUGAGAGAUUUUACCACUCAGGUGGCGCAUAGAAAUGAGAAAAGAUUCAUUCAAAAGGAGAGGAUCAACAGUUUCAGUUUACCUGCACCACCUUUACCUCAAACCCAUUUAGCUGAGCACUGAGAGAGAUUCUCUCCACUCAGGAGCUCUCUGAUGGGGAAGAGUAGAAUAAGUGUUUGACUUUUUUGUGGAUCCAGGGUCCAGUCAUAUUUCAGCCGGCCUGGGUUCCAGCAGUUUCCAGGACUACUCCAGCCCUCAUUCACUUACCAUCCUGGUGGCCUGCACCCACAGACACAGGCUUAUUCCUUUCCCAGUGGAUCCCAGUGGACCCCGGGGCCAAGGUACACCCCUCAGACUCAGGUUCCAGGCCUACCUACCCAGACUGGGCCACAGCCCCGGCCUUUGAGCCCCAUCCCACAGACCAGGUUCCAGGCCAGCUCCUGUAGACUGGGGCUUCAGGCUACCACAUAAGCUAUAGGUCUGCCCUGGUGGUUCCUGGUGCCAGACCACCCCCAGAAUCCCAGGUUUCAGGCUCACAUCUGUGGGCCCAUGUUCCAGGCCCACCUCAUAUGAUCCAGGUGCCAGGUCAGCCCCUGUGGACCCAGGCUCCAGACCUAUCCCAAUAAAUAGGUUAUAUGGCUGGGUCCUUGACUGGUGCCAGGACCUAUGGGUGAGUAGGCAGGUGUCAAGCCAUCUCCUACAAACCUUAGUAUCAGGCCAGUUCACCCAUUGACCCUCAUACUAGGCUUCCCCAAGGAACCUUCCAGUCGCCUGUCCUAGAAUAUCUGCCCAGGCUGAUUGGUGAAGAGAGGCUUGAGUGGGAAGACACCAAUGCAAGGCCACAGGGAUUACAAAGAAUCAAGAGGACAGUGCCACCAAAGAAAGCAAGCAUCAGUAACUGGUCCUAAUGGUAUGGAGAUCUACAAAUAGACUGAAAAUAGUUCAAAAUAAUUAUCUUAAGGAAGCUCAGUGAGUUACAAGAUAGCACAGAAAGUCAACUAAGCAAAAUCAGGAUAACAAUAUGUGAACAAAUCAAGACAUUCAGCAACAGAACAGGAAUUAUUUAAAAGGAACCAAAUAAUUAGGGCUAAAGAAUACAAUGACUGGCCUGGAAAAGUCCAUACAGGGCUUCAAAACCAAACUUGAUCAUGCAGAGGGAAGAAUUAGCAAGUUCAAAAACAGUUCUAAAAAUACACAAAAACCAAAGGAGGGAAGAGAGUGAAAAAUGUCUACUGGACUAAUGGGGCACUGUAGCAUAUGCCCUGGUUUGGGAGGGAACUCGGGGGAGGAAUGGCAGUUUGUGUUACUGUAAUGCAAGUGCCAGACAUGGCUUUGAUUGCUGAGGCAUCUGUUCGGAAGGGGAUCGAUCCACUUCAAAGAGCUAUCUCAAAUAUACACAUUGCCAGCCACACAACUAGGUAAAGAGCCACACCACCUUCCUGCACUGAGGAUUUUCUGCUUUAGAGGUCUUGGUUGAUUUUAAUAACUGACCAUUGGAGCUACCUGUUUGUUGUGUCUUCUGGCACUUUAAAUUUCUGCUGUUAUAUUUUAAAUUCAAUAAAAAAUGAGCCUGUAAGGAGAUGAGGGUUGGUGGGCUGGGUGAAAAAGGUAAAGGGGUUAAGAAGUACAAAUGGUUAGUUACAAAAUAGUCAUCAGUGUAAAUUUUAGCAUAGGGAAUAUAGUCAGUAAUAUCACAAUAAUUACAUAUGGGGCCAUGUGGGUACUUGAAAUAUUGGGGAGACCAUUUGUAAAGUAUAGGA